AAGCUGCGAACCGGGGAAGUUGUGAGCGGUGGAAUCCGACUGGAUGAGGGACUGGCUGCGGCGCGAUUGAACUCGCAGUGCUGUUUUUCUGGGUCUGCUGUGCUUUGCUCAGUUUAAAUCAAACUUCAUGUUACGCCACGACUUCUGCAGAGUUGUCUGUCUUGAGUUCUCCGUUCCUGCUCGGUUCCUGCUCGGUCCUGCUGGGUUGCUAGGGGAGCUGUGUGGUUGUUCCACGUUUGGAGGUGGGGCAGGGUUCCUGUCCUCUGUAGCAGCCGCUGUCCUGUAACACCUGCCACAUUUCACUUGUUCUUCACACUUCGAAUAGGAAUUUAAAUCGUGCUUUCUACAAUGUUUGGAAAAAUAGGAAAGAUGUUAUAACAUGAACCCGAACUACUGAUGAUACAUGUAUAACUCUUUUGCUAGGCCAAGAAAUGAAAGCAGCGUUUUCUUGCUUAGUAGUUACGUUGAAUGCAGACUGAGUGUACAGACCCUCCAUGUGAUUAGCCAUUUUGGUUUGGUGAUUUGAAAGACAUAAAUGGCUUAGACUGUUUUGUACCUAAGAAACCACUUUCCAAUUAUUAUUGCUCACUUAAAUGAGCAGCAUAAAAUGGACCCUGAAAUAGGCAGACAGCAAAUAUGGGGGUUCUGGCAGUGCUGUAACCCCAUCGUUUUACAAGUGCCCUGAAAUGCAUGGAUCAUCAUUUGCACAGAGUCUCCUCUGGGAAACCGGAUUACAGGAGAGUCCCUUUGUAGCUUUUUUGUUGGGCUGGAACACCUGGUUAUACAGGUGUCAGAUGGUAACUGAUUCAUGUUGUCCUAAAUCUAUGUGAUGAGCCACAUUAUGAUGGAAUUCUGCUAUACUUCUGUUUCCCCUUGAACUUUAGCAUUUUCCUUUAGUGACAGUGGAGCAGUGGAGUUAAUCUUUUGGCACCCUCAGCCCCCAUUUACGGUGUCUAUUCUUGAGUAAUGUAACCCAAAUUGCAUUUACAUGGUAACCCACAUUGUUUUUUUAAAGUUAAAUUCUUUGCAACAGAAUGAUGAUUAUAAUUGAAAAUACAUUAAACUUGAUGCAUUACCUUUUAAUUUUGUAGAAAUAUGUCUUAUAUAGUUGUUGGGACUGAUCUUGUGUCACCCAGACAGACUCUUGAGAACAGGAGCUUGUUUUCUUUAUCUUUCAUUCAGCCUCUCAAGUUAGCUACAGUGUUGCUCGUUUCUUCCAGGUGACAUUUAUUUCUCAGUGUUUACGACCGUGACUGUGCUGACGAAUGUCUUGGCAGCAGCGGCGAGAGCCGUAGGAAAUGAGCCGCCAGACUGCAACAGCUUUACCCACGGGAACGUCAAAGUGCACGCCGUCCCAGAGGGUGCCCGCCCUCACCGGCACAACCGCGUCCAACAAUGACUUGGCGAGUCUUUUCGAGUGUCCGGUCUGCUUCGACUACGUGUUACCACCCAUUCUGCAGUGUCAGAGUGGCCAUCUUGUUUGUAGCAACUGUCGCCCGAAGCUCACAUGCUGUCCAACUUGCCGGGGCCCCCUGGGGUCCAUCCGCAACUUGGCUAUGGAGAAAGUGGCCAAUUCAGUACUUUUCCCUUGUAAAUAUGCCUCUUCCGGAUGUGAAAUAACCCUGCCACACACAGAAAAAGCAGACCACGAAGAGCUCUGUGAGUUCAGGCCUUACUCCUGCCCGUGCCCCGGCGCUUCCUGCAAGUGGCAAGGCUCCUUGGAUGCGGUCAUGCCGCACCUGAUGCAUCAGCACAAGUCCAUCACCACCCUGCAGGGAGAGGAUAUCGUGUUCCUUGCCACGGACAUAAACCUGCCGGGCGCCGUGGACUGGGUGAUGAUGCAGUCCUGCUUCGGCUUUCACUUCAUGCUAGUCUUGGAGAAACAGGAAAAGUACGACGGUCACCAGCAGUUCUUUGCAAUUGUACAGCUGAUAGGAACACGCAAGCAAGCCGAGAAUUUUGCAUAUCGACUUGAGCUAAAUGGUCAUAGGCGGCGAUUGACUUGGGAAGCCACGCCUCGCUCUAUUCACGAGGGCAUCGCGACAGCCAUUAUGAAUAGUGACUGUCUAGUCUUUGACACCAGCAUUGCACAGCUUUUUGCAGAAAAUGGCAAUUUAGGCAUCAAUGUAACUAUUUCCAUGUGUUGAAAUGGCAAUCAAACGUUUUCUGGCCAGUGUUUAGAACCAUUGCUUUCAGUUUCACAGAGAAUAGGCUCCGUCUCGCCUGCCAGCCUGAACUGUUGGUAGGUGGAAGCUAGACGCGCGAAGGUAAAUAAACGGAAAGGCUGUUAAAUACGGGAAGCAGUUGCAUGUAGUAACACUAAUAUAUUUAAAAAUAAGUCAACAGUAAACCACUGAAAAAAAUAUAUAUAUACACCCAGGAUGGGCAUCUUUUGUAUUAAGAAAGGAAGCAUUGUAAAAUAAUUCUGAAUUUGUGUUUGUUAUAGACUGAGUGUACUGUUGGAAAAUACUGGGUUUUUGUGUUUUGUUUCUGUUCUGUUUUUGCGUGUGUGGGCGUGUGUGUGCGAGCGCGCGUGCGUGUGUGUGGAUUUUUUUCCUUGAACUGACAAGCCAUGUGGGGUGGUCUUGGACCACUGCUUUUCCCUGUUGUGAGUCGGUACAUAGUGCUGCUCUGUGUGUAUAUUUUUUGUGUGUAUUUGCUAAUUUUUAUUAAUUCUAGUUUUUCAUUAAAUAAAUUUGACUUUCUUUUCUGUAAUUCAGGCUUUUCCUCACCUUUUUUUGUACCUUUUAAAAGUUAGUGUCUUUUUGAUAUGCAUAAUUGUUUAUGGUAAAGCUUAUACAUAUGUGUUCCAUACAUAUUUUCUUUCUCCCUAUUAAUCAGUUCAUUAGAAAUAUUUUAAAUUCAGCUAUUUUGUGAAGGUAAGAGUUCCAGAAGGGAAAGGUAAUAUUGGAAGAAUUUUCAGAAGCUAUUUAAAGCAGCUGUAAGAUGGUCGGUCUGUCUCUUGUGUGCUCGUGGGCGCUUUCUCCCCCCCCGCCCCCCAUCUCUCCCUCCCUCCCGAGCCUCCCCACCCCCUUCUCCAGUUGAGUCACACCUUCAGACUUACUCAUUGAAAGUUUAGGGUAUACUGAUUUUUUUUUUAAAUGUCGAAAAAAAAAUCAGGCUCUUUUUUUCCCCCACAUAUCUUGGACAAAUCACAUAUGUUUAAAAUUUGUUCUUGUAUUUAUUGGUUUUGCAAAAGAAGGCAUCGUCUUACACAGUAUUUGUAAUUAAAAGCAAAUCAUUUGUUUAAAAAAGGCAGUUUGCAAAAAAAAUGUUUUUGGUCUUUUAUAAUUCUCAUUAAAAGAAUAUCUGGCAAAUUAAAAA